AUGGUUCUCAAUGAAAGUUGUUUGAAAGAGGAAAUUAUUAAGUUCAACUCAAAAAAAUCUAUUUUUCAGAUCCCCACCGAAGAAGAGAACCUGAACACUGCAAAUAGCCAUACAAUGGAUCAAACCAGUGUUCUCGACUCGGCAUUCAAUUCGCCGGUCGACUCAGGAAUCGGUGGAACUGCUGGCUCUGGCGCCGGAUCUACAACUCAUUUUGGAGUGGGAUCAAAUCUACGCUCCUCAAGCCGUUCUACGGAUGGAACCGACUCAACGGAUGGAGCCAAUUCGGACAAUGUCACAGGAUCCACAGGAUCCACACCAGCUCAUCACUCAAUCACAAAUCUCAACAUGGCGCUCUCGGCUCAACACUCAGACUCGGCUAAUGGUGCUUCGGUAGCUAACCCGUUUCCGCCUUUUAAUCAAGCUGAUCUUCUGAACUUCCACCCAAACUCUCUGCUGCCACAUCACAUGUUCUCGCAAUUCGGAAGAUACCCACAGAGAACAAUUGUGUUCCAUCCGGCCAACAAAUCUCAUUUGUCACUUUCCUCUUCCAAUAAAAAACAGUUGAGGGGCGGAUUCCGGGCAGCGGGUCCUUUCUCUUUCUGUCUCUUUUUCUCUCUUAGUGUCUCUCUACAGAAAUUCGAUCUUAAAUCUCUCUCGUCUCUUAAAUACCUUCGCUCUCCCCCUCGUUUUUCUGUUCCGAUCAAAACAUGCCGAGUGAAUUUUGAUCGAUUCGAACAAAAGCCGGACGUGGGGGUGCUUCAGCAACAGAUGCAGAUGCGAGAAGCGAAACCCUACAAGUGCACGCAGUGCGUUAAGGCUUUCGCAAACUCGUCCUACCUCUCCCAACACAUGCGAAUCCAUUUGGGAAUCAAACCGUUUGGGCCAUGCAAUUAUUGUGGAAAGAAGUUCACACAGCUCUCACAUCUUCAACAACACAUUCGGACGCACACGGGAGAGAAACCGUAUAAAUGCAAGUUCACAGGAUGCGACAAGGCAUUUUCUCAGCUGAGCAAUCUUCAAUCUCACUCCCGAUGUCAUCAAUCUGACAAACCAUUCAAAUGCAACAGUUGUUAUAAAUGCUUUACCGACGAACAAAGUCUCUUGGAUCACAUUCCGAAACACAAGGAAUCCAAGCAUCUAAAGAUUCACAUUUGCCCAUUCUGCGGAAAAUCCUACACCCAGCAGACAUAUCUACAGAAGCACAUGACAAAACACGCAGAUAGGUCCAAGGCCAAUAAUUUUGGGUUUGUUCAAAAAUCAGUUGAUUAUCAGUUUUUGAAUUUUUUUUUCAGAAACGAAGUUGUGCCAGCUGAUCCAUUUGAUCCAUCGCUUCUGGCAUGGAACCCGAUGCAAGGAAUGGGAGACGCUGCUCACGAUGCUUCGAGCUUCAAUAUUAGUUCUCUUACAGACCAGUUUGCUGCCAAUACGAUGAUCGGAUCGCAGGGAGCACCAUACAAUCCAGCAUUCCAGAACAGUGCAUUCAGUCAGUUAUUCAAUAUUCGGAACAAUCGAUACUUGUCAGAAUAUCCAACGAGCACGAAGAAUGGAGAGAGGGCUCCAGGAUUCAAUAUGAUCACUCCACUGGAGAAUAUUCAACGCUACAACGGCAACUCGUCCACCUCCUCCGCGACAGCCGUCGUCACCGCCACUGGAUCAGCCGUUGUCUCAUCGACGCCUUCAUCCACGUCAUCAUCGUCAGCCGCCUCAUCUUCAAGUCAAGGAGGUGUAUUCAAUCCGCAAUCAUUAAUAAACAACAUGAAAAAUCAUUCCUAUUAA